UCUCUCCGCGUAAAAAAUUAAUAUGUCUGAUCACCAACUAUUCUUAGCAGACAUGGAAAACUACAAACACUCUUUCUCUUUAGCAGAUAUCGAAUUUAAUAGCUAUUCUCCAUUAAAUCAAAUUUACCAAAACCCUUCAACCUUCAUCCCUCUCCCCCUUCACAAUCAAUCAUUCAACACCAAAAGAAAAUCAGUGGAGAUGAUAACUACUUCGCCAACAACAUCCAAAAACACAGUAGAGAGAGGGAAGAAAUUGAAACGUGAAGAGUCGAAAGAGAGGAAGUCCGCGGAAGUUGUUCAUGUUAGAGCCAAGAGAGGCCAAGCUACUGAUAGUCACAGUUUAGCUGAGAGAGUAAGAAGAGAGAAAAUUAAUGAGAGGUUAAGAUGCUUGCAAGACAUUGUACCAGGGUGCUACAAGACCAUGGCAAUGUCCGUGAUGUUGGAUGAGAUCAUAAAUUAUGUGCAGUCAUUGCAAAAUCAAGUAGAGUUUCUUUCCAUGAAGCUCACGGCAGCUAGUGCGUUUCACGACUUCAACUCCGACGAAAUAGCCUUGGAGAUGGUUAAGAGAGCAAACAUACAUAAUGGAGUCAUAUCUGAAGAAGCUCCUUCUACACAGUUUGCUACAACAAGCUUCAACUUUGAUUAUUGCACUCAGUUUCCAAACAACACAUGAAAAUAUAUUCCAAAUCCCAUUUUUUUGUCUUCUAGAUAUGGCACAAGGAACGCAAGAAUUAUACUCAAAUGUAUCCAUUUCAUACACAUGAGCAAAUGAAAUUUUUAUAACAAUUAUAGACCUUAUCCGGUUAAGUGUUUUUAGAUAAUGUUGC